GUAUGUUAGAAGAGUUAGGUACUGCAUGUCCACACUUCAACUAGCCAUGUUGGCGUUAUUGGCUACAACGGCAGCCACUAAGGUGUUGGCCUACUGCGGGGUUCUGACAGUCGGCCUCUGGCUCUGGUUCCAGUGGACCAAGUGGGAUCUUCUACAGGAAGCGAGGAAGUUACCUUGUACAGUCAAGACGUUACCGAUCGUCGGACAUACUCAUUUGUUGUUUCGGACUUGGGAAGACACGACAAAACUGGCGUUAGAGAGGUUUUCGAAGGCUGCAGUUUCUACAGGUGUUUACAACAUCUGUGCCUGGUGUGGGCCACUUCCCAUAGUGAUGAUACAUAAACUAGAAGAUAUACAGAAAAUAUUGGUGUCCUGCUUGCCAGAAAAGGGCAAUGAGACUGAAUACCUCAAAUAUGCAACUGGAAACGGCCUUAUCACGGCUCCAUAUUGUAUUUGGAAGGUUACAGGGCGUAAUAUAGGCCCGUUGUUUCAUCCACCCAAUAUACAACAGCUGAUCACUAUUUUCAACUCCAACAGCAGACAGUUUGUAACACUGUUGGGCAAACAUGAGAGAGGCCAUUCUGUAAACGUGCUGGAGCCGUGCAUGGGCGUCGCUUUACAAAGUGUAUACCAGCUGAUAUUCGGGACAGACGAGUCAAUGAAUGAGUCCGAGGUCAAAGAAAUGUUGAAAGCUGUACAAGAUGUUACAGAACUUUUUAUGAAAAGAAUUGUUAGACCUUGGCUUCGAGUUGAUUUCAUAUUCAAGUUUCUCUACAGAAAGGAAUUAAAAAAGAUUAAUCACGGAAUGAGAGCCUUUGUUGAGAUACCACUGAAGAGAGCAAGAUUCAAAUCGAAUCAAGCAAGCCAUAACCCCACGGACCUCAAGGAGAAAGACGUUUCAGCAUUUAAAGGCUGUUUGUCAUUGAUUGAUGUGUAUACUGAGCUACAAAAGAAAUAUCCCCAAUUUACGGAUGAAGAUUUGAAGUACGAAAUGGCAACAUUUUAUGGAACGGGCACUGACACUGUUGGGGUAACGAUUGCAACGUGUCUUCAACUUCUUGGAAAGUAUCAUGAAAUACAGGAUCGUUUGUAUGCAGAGAUCACUCACACAGUUGGAUCCUCUGAUGACGUCACUAAAGAACAUCUCCAGUCAAUGACUUACUUGGACCAAGUAUUCAAAGAGACAUUGCGAUGGGCAACAGUUGUACCAUACAUCCUCAGAAAAACUACCGAGGCUGUUAAACUAAGCGAUUGCACUAUCCCUGCUGGUAACUCGGUGGUCAUUUGUCUGAUCGGGCCCUUAAAGGACCCCAAUAUCUACCCAGACCCUGAACAAUUCAACCCGGAUCGCUUCUCACCCAACAACUCUUCUUCGCCUAACCGUGACGCAUUUAUUCCUUUUGGAACAGGAAGAAGAAUGUGUAUUGGAAAGACCUACUCCGAUCACCUAGUCAAGAUAAUACUUGUCCAUAUACUGCGGAGGUUCAGGGUGACUACGGAUAUGGACAUUUACAAUGUUAAGAAAUCUCUGGCUAUAACACUAGUCAACACAGAAGGCUACUACGUUAAACUGCAUGACAGAAGCUGAAAUAAACGAAAAUAUACUGUACCAGAAGUAAUUUUUAAAUUAGGUGCCCAUUUAAUUUGAGUGUUAAUAAAAUAUUUUAUUAUUUGUUCGUUAA